AUGCAGGAUUUUGACGACGAGAAGUUCCAAAAGAAGAAAAACAGGAGUCGCAACUGGCAGGAGUAUGCCGUGAAUCUGUGGCAGCGUUUUAAGCUGAGUGUAUACCGCCGUGAUCGCUCAACAAUUACUAAACUCACAAUUCUUUUGAUUAUUAUCACUUUGUUUUGCUACUGGGCUUCCGCUGGAGAAGGGACCGAGGGGUCGCACAAGCCGAUACACAGGAAGGAACGAAAUUAUUUUGACGUUUCUAAAAAGAGCUACCACGACUUCCUUAAUAGUAAGCUGGCCAACAAUCAUGAAAACAUAGGAUUUGGGCUGGCCACCAACAAGAAGACUCACAAGAAACCAGGAGUGCCGCCUAACCCAAUGGUUCCAGGAGUAUUUGCCUCAGAGGAUGACCAGGUAUCUAGACGCAAAACGAUGACGCAAAAAAGCAGCUCAAGGAAGUCGUUACUGCAGAGGUUUGGGUUGUUGAAGCCAAAACGGAAAAUAUACGUUAUUCUCGGACACUCACCGGAAGUUGGCAUCAAGCAUCAAAAGUCCAAAGAGUACUGGCUCAUGGAGAAGCUAUCCUUGUUGAACAAGAAGCAUUAUUGCGAAAAACAUGGCUACGAACUAAUAGUUGUCAACGCUCUAGACGACGACGUUGGACUUUACCAAAAACGGUACCAACACGAAUUCAGAGAAGGCUGGGAAAAGUUUGAUUUGCUCCGGAAGCUAAUGAAACAGACACCCCAGGAGGAGUCAUCACCUAUUGAGCAAUGGUAUUGGUAUCUGGAUAUACACACCAUCAUAAUGGAACCACAGUUAUCGCUUGAGGACGUGAUAUUCAAAAAUCUGGAUUAUCUAUACCGCGACCUAAAAUAUUUCAAUCCCAACAAUUUGAUCAUUGAUGAGGAUUUGAACCAGUUCACCAUUGGCUCCUCGUUGAAAGAGACCAUUGACAUCAACAGCGUGGACCUCAUUUUGACGCAGGAUUGCAACGGCAUCAAUUUGAAUUCAUUCCUUAUCAAAAAGAGCGAUUGGUCCAACUUGCUUCUAGACGUGAUUUGGGAUCCUGUAUUCUACAAACAAAUGCAUAUCAAGUGGGUGAAACACGGCACAGAGAAGAAGUAUGGAUUUAGAUUGAGCACGGACGAAUACGACUCCAACUCAUACAACAACGACGUGGAAGAAAGAAACUGUCUGGAGUACCUUUUCAACACGCAGUCUUGGAUCAGAUCUAAGAUCGGAUUCAUGCCUACAAAAACCUUCAACUCUCUUUCUGACGACUUUUGCAUAAAGGAUCCAGACGAUCUCGGCGACGACCUCGAGGUACUGCUUUCCUCGGAGCCUGAGGAGAUUGCCAAAGCGGAAGCUGCCAGAUCGCAACUUUUAAGUAACCAGCAUUUCCAUUACAGGCCUGAGGAUCGGGAUUUCCUAGUAAACUACAUGAACUGCGAAAAACACCACACGUGCUGGGACCGCUUCCAGGGAUACACAGACAUUUAUGAGGAAUUACACAAGAGUUGGUUCCUCAAGUUGUUCCAUUUGUAG